UUGGUAGUUCGUACAGCGAUAGUCGUGAAACGUGUUAUCGCAACUGACAUAAACUUGGCGGGCAGCGCCGGAGACUGAGAGCGCCACCGGACGGACGGAAAUGACUGCGAGAAGCUCGGAAGAAAAGGUGGAGCCGCUCCUCACUCAUUCUGCUCCGCCACCUCCUCCACCUCCUCCGCCGCCUCCACCUCCGCCUCCUCCGCCUCCUCCAUACUACGUCAUCCCCGCAUUCAUCCUCCUCCCGCCCUACCCCUUCCCUAGGCGCCGCUGCUGCGGUCUUCUUUGCUACGUCACCUGCCUCGUCGGCCUCGCCCUGGCCGCCAUCCUCCUCGCCUUCGCCGCCUACUUCCUCUGGCCCUCCGACCCCGAGCUUCGGGUCUCCCACAUCCGCGUCGACCGCAUCCGCGUCUCCCGGCCGGGCGGCGCCGCCUUGGACGUCUCCGUCGGCAUCGAGGUCCGCGUCCGGAACCCGGACUACUCCGCCAUCGACUACGGCUCCCUCGCGGUCUCCGUCUGGUACCGCGGGCAGCGGCUUGGGACCGGGACCACCCGCGGCUGGCACGUGAGGGCAAGGGGGUCGUCGUACGUGGGCGCCGAUCUCCGGCUCGACGGGAUCCAGUUCCUCGACGAUUCCUCUGAUCUGAUCGAGGAUCUCAACAGCGGUUCCUUGGUGCUGGAUACGGUCUCCGAGUUCAAGGGCAAGAUACGCCUCUUCUUCUUUCAAGUUCCCGUUCAGGGAAGGGUUUCUUGCUCGGUAAAUGUAAAUCCAGAAAACCAGAAGAUCAUUCAUCAGGAUUGCUACCCUGAGUGACGGCUGAUGCACGAAGCAAAAUACCUUUGUGGAUAAUGCUUAAUCAUUAUUGUUUGCUUCUUUAUCAGGCUAGAGCUAGCAUUUUGCCAUUCAUUGCUGUGAUAUAUGUGGAUUAAAACAGGGUCUUUGUCAUAAUACAUAUUGUAACUGACAAAACACGCAAGUGUUGUAAAUAAACAGUUCAUAUGCCUAUCAUGAACUAACUGAUUGGAGAUUAUGGUAUCUAUUAUGGUUAUAUGAGCACAUGGAUGAGGUUAUUCUUCUGUUCA